AUGCCCACCACCGCCGAACAAGAAGCUAUUCAGCAGACAGUGACCGAUCUCUUUAACGGUUACGACUUUGGAAAGCCACCAACAGAAGACACCGAGGUUGUUGGAACUUCACAAGAACAGUCAACUACCUUAGAUCUUGGAAAUAUGAUGGCUACAGAUGAGACAGCAGCCACCUACGCCCUCUUGAACCUCGAUCUCGCUUCACACGCCGCCGAGUUCGCGCGCUACAACUUGCUAUACAUGUACAGCCCCUGGAACCAAACAGAGGCCAGUCCCAACCAGGCCUACUUUUUGCCUCAUGCCAACGGGCUACUACCUACGACUGAUGCUCAAUCCAAAAAACCACCAGCUAAGCGCGAACGAGAUGAGAUCACACCCACCGAGCAGCCCAGCACUGAGCGUUCGCAAAAGCGAACCAAGGCUAUGACUGGAUGUUGA